UUCUUUUGCCUCAUUUUCAGUCCUAGUUAUAACUCUACCUCCAUGAUAUCGCGGUUGAAUUGUGAUUAAACGUUAGCCAGUUAUCUAGCUGCUGUGGGCUGCUCUGUAUAACCGUAAUAAGGGAGUUGGUUUUCCUAGGAUGGCGGAGGCAUGUCCCGCCCUUCUCUGCUUUACUUUGCCUCUGAUUGGCUUGCCUUGACAUCCUCACCAGAAACCCACUCCUCUUGCCUAAACCUAACCAACCCAACCAACGGAGGCAACGAGUAGUAGCCAAUCAGAGGGAGAGUAGGGCGAGUCAUGCCAUUGCCAUCCUAGGAUUUUGUUAUUGUUGCUAACCGUAAACACAACACAGCUAGCGUUAGCCUCUCAGACAGAGCCUCUGACGUUAACUUAACAAACAUAAAAACGUGUUUCAUUUAACGUUAGCUCAUUUAAUAGCAACAUAACCAAGCUUUGGAGCAGCUGCCUUGUGUUUUUGCAUAAUAUAGCGAUAAACACUCUUAUCACAUUCAUUUUUAAUGUAGCUAAAACUAAUGCAGUGUAAUUUAACAGUAGUGCAAUAAGUAUGACUUUUAUAAAGGUGAUAAUGUUCAUUUUUUGUUAAAACAGUUUCAGAGGGGUGUUAAUUUAACUGUAUGGUGAUUUUGGAGUUUGUCGUUGUUUUGUAUUGUGCUGUAACGUUACUGGUAUGUGUGUAGUCUUUAGUUGAGAUAAAUGAGGUGGAGAAAUGAUUAGAAACACCUUUCAGCAAAAUGCAAUACAAUUUAAUACUACAGUCUCCAAAAUUACCAAUACAUGAUCAACACCAACGCUAGAGGGAUAAAUCAGGCGCACCGAUUUUAGCGUAUACUGUAUACUGAUAAAUCGGCUGAUAGGUAACAAGAAAUUGCAGUAUAGAAAUGCCCAAAUGUGUUUGACUCUGUCACCACUAUUAAAGUCCACCAAAAAAAAUCUCCUGUUCAGUACAUAUUAUUGUCACUAAGAAAAAAUCAAUGCUGUUUAUAGUUAUAUAACAUAUGGAGAAGAUCAAAUAUCACAAUAUUUUUUUACCAAAUAUUGCAACAAUAUUGUAGGGUUGACUAGUGGUGCUUUCACUAAAUAUUUACACAAUGAGAUUUUUGACAAUCAUCAAUAAUGUGACUAUAAUGAGUGGGCAAAUAAUAGAACAGAUAAAACAGUCAGGUACAUUUAGAGAACUACAUCACUUUACUGUAAUGUAGCCUUAAAACCAGGAAAAGACAACAUAUGAUAUUACGACCAAAAUCUAAGAUAAUAUCUAGUCUCAUCAUAACAGUAUUGAUAAAAUGGUCAUCUAUUGCCCAACCCUAUGUUAUAGUUUGUAAAAUACUCUGAUGUGAAUAAUGUUUCUGCUUAAACAUGAAUUUCCCACAUAACAAGUUAAAAAAACAAGCUCUUUCUUUCUAAUUGACAAAUUCUUAAUCCGGCCUUGCGCUAGUUUGUCCGGUGAAAGAGCAAUGUGCAUCAAGAUGGUUAGCGUAGAAGAAACAUAGGACAGUUUCAGUCAUACACGUUUGAGCCUCAGUCAGACCCAGACUCAUGCGGAGAUGAGGAGUCUGUUGUGCACCAAAUUCAGCGACAAGCAGAUGUAUCAGAAUGGCAAGCCGCAAAGAUGGAGUCCAGCGAGGAGGGAGGCCUCAGUGUCGGGGGCUCUGUGGGAGAGGAGAACUACUUCCUGGGAUACACCUUCACCGACCGCUCCCACUCCAGCCGGGUGGUGAAGAGCAUCAUGGACCUGUGUCUGGAGGACGGCCUGUUUGCUGAUGUCACCAUCACCGUGGACAGCAAAGAGUUUCACCUACACCGGCUGGUGCUCUCGGCACAGAGCAGUUUCUUCCGCACCAUGUUCACCUCCAACCUCAAAGAGUCCCACAACCGCUCUAUUGAGCUGAAGGAUGUCAGCGCCACUGUCUUUCAGCUGCUGAUUGACUACAUCUACCACGGCACGAUUAAACUGAGGGUGGAGGAGCUUCAGGACACCUAUGAGAUGGCAGAUAUGUACCAGCUGACUGCACUAUUUGAGGAAUGCUCCCGCUUCCUCUCACGCACAGUAGAGGUCAAGAACUGCCUGCAGGUGAUGUGGCUUGCAGACAGACACAGUGACCAGGAGUUGUAUACUGCAGCCAAGCAUUGUGCUAAAAUCCACCUGGCCCAGGUGCAUCAGACUGAAGAAUUUCUUAAUCUGCCUCUCUGUCUGCUCUUGGACAUCAUCAAAGAUGGAGUUCCGAGCUCCCAGAAUCCAACAAUGGCCAUCGAGUCGUGGAUAAACCACAACAAGGUAGAGAGAGAGGAGUUUUCUUGUAUCCUCCAAGAAAAUCUCAAGGAAAUCGGGGAAAAUGUCCACAUUUACCUGAUUGGUAAAGAGGAGGCGCGGACUCACUCCCUGGCUGUGUCGCUUCACUGUGACGAGGACGAUGCGAUCAGCGUAAGCGGCCAGAACAGUUUAUGCCAUCAGAUCACUGCAGCCUGUAAACACGGAGGUGACCUGUAUGUGGUGGGGGGGUCCAUCCCUCGCCGCAUGUGGAAGUGCAACAUGCACACCAUGGACUGGGAGCGCUGCGCCCCACUGCCCAGAGACCGCCUCCACCAUACAAUGGUCUCUGUCUCUAGUGAGGACGCUAUCUACUCUCUAGGAGGUAAGACGUUGCAGGACACACUUUCUAACGCCGUCAUCUAUUACACAGUGAAGGACAACAUGUGGACAGAGACCAGCCAGCUGGACACUGCAGUGUCCGGGGCUGCCGGUGUAAACCUGGGAGGUACCAUCUACCUGCUUGGAGGGGAGGAGAAUGACAUGGACUUUUUUACUAAGCCGUCUCGACUGAUUCAGUGCUUUGACACCGCCUCCCAGAAGUGCCAGAUCAAACCUUACAUGCUACCGUUCGCGGGAUGCAUGCACGCUGCUGUUCACAUGGAUGUGAUCUUCAUCGUAGCAGAGGGAGACUCCCUGGUGUGCUACAACCCUCUGCUGGAGAGCUUCACCCGCCUGCGCUUCCCUGAGGUGUGGAGCUGCGUUCCUUCACUGUGGAAGGUGGCCAGCUGUAACGGUUGCAUAUACGUCUUCCGGGACAAAUGUAAGAAAGGUGACGCAAACACGUUGAAGUUUAACCCGGCCACAUCUGUCGUCUCGGUUAUCAGAGGUAUAAAAAUCCUCCUCACAAACUGGCAGUUUGUUUUGGCCUAAACCAGCCUCCGGAUGUUCAUAAUGUGGUCCACACAGCUGCCACGGAGGAAUCAGGGAAGACUGUUGGAUAACUUACCAUGACUUCACUGUUUAGACAUCCUGUGAGGAGACCUGCUUUAAAUGUAUUUACUCAGCUGGUUUCUUUGUCACUCAUUCCAUUGUGACACCAGACCAGUAAAAACAGUUCAGCGGUGUGUGUCUUUUUCCUCUAUUAUUCCAGUGUUUCUCAUUGUGGACACUUAGAAGUAGCUGAGAAGUCAAACAAUUGAAGUCAUUGACAAUUGAUGCUGUAACCAGUGAUGAACUAAUCAACAUUGUUUCCUGUGCACGGCUUGUUUAUUGACACGCAUGACCAACUUCGGUGUAAAAACAUAAAACAUCCUUCGGUAUAUCGUAAGUAAAUAAAUGUAUCAUGAUGUUGUAGGUUAAAUAUUCUCAGAUGUCAAAUGUGCAUAAACAUGAUAACAGAGGAUGUUUUCUAACUUUUCAA